GCAGGAGGCCUCCUUGCGGGACGAGAGGCGGCGCGGCGAGGAGCUGGCGGCGCGCCUCAGGGACGAGGAGGCCCAGUGGCAGUCCCGCCUCGCCAUCGAGGCCCGCCAGAAGGCGGCCGCGGACGUCCGCGCGGGGGAGGAGAGCCGCCGCAGGGCGGAGCUGGAGGCGGGGCUGCAGGAGGAGCAGCGGCGGCUGGCGGCGGUCGGGGUCCUGCUGCAGGAGGAGCAGCAGCGCGGUGCCGCUCUGCAGGAGCGGCUGCUGCGCGAGCAGCGGGAGGCGCGCCCGGCGCUGGAGCGGCAGCGGGACGAGCUGGAGCAGCAGCUGGCCGUGGAGCGCGGCCGCCGCGCCGCGGCGGAGGCGGAGCUCCGGCGCAGCUGCGACGCCGCGGAGGAGCAGCGGCUGUGCCUCGAGGCGGAGCGGGGGCGCCACCGCGCCGCCCUGGAGGAGGAGCGGGCGCGCGGCGCCGCCGCGCUGGAGGAG